AUGCACGACCUCACAGCAUCGCCCAGCACCUGCUCUCGGGAUGCAAAGGCUUCCAUCAGAGAGACGGUAUCCGAAAGUGCCGCACCCACUGCCACAACCCCCGAUGCUGCUCCCGCUCUCGCUGUUCUUCCCGAGUCGUUUUCGUACUUUCCCUACUGCUCAGCUCCGUCGCCUCUUGCGUACGCCACCAAUGCCAUUGCGUCUCUUUCGUCCUGUUUACGCUGGUCGAUGACAUGCAAUGGUAACUGGCCGUCGCCGGCCAAUUUGGGCUUCAACUCCGACAGACACCAUCACCAGCAGCAGCAGCAGCAGCAACAACAACAGAUCCAGUCGGGGUACAACGAGAACGCGGCCAUGUCGUGGCCAUCUGACCGGAAGCCAUACACCCACACGCCUACACACGCUGCAUCUGGCUUCCUGACCACCUCGACAGCCGACCACAUGGCAAAGGCCCAGCAGGACCCAGCAGUGAAAGGCUGA